UUUCAUCAUGGCUUCCAUGUGCAGAUCUGUCGGUAACCUCUGCCGACAAAGUUAUGGUUUACAGGUGUUGCUGAAUCAUAGUGGCCGGCCAACAGCUUCAAGAUGCCCUUCCUAUUUGGCAUGUGUCCAGCAGAACAGCCCGUUGGAUGUCAGGUUAUCUCAGAGUAGUGCAAUGUCGGGAGGGAGGAGGAGCUUCAUUUCCCAGUUCCUGGACAACAUCAAACAGGAAAUCGCGAAAAAUAAAGAAAUGAAGGACAACCUGAAGAAGUUCAAGGAAGAGACAGACAAACUAGAACAGUCAGAUGCUAUAAGGAAAGCCAGACAAAAGUUUGAGAACAUUGAGUCCGAGACAGCAAAGAGCAGCCAGGUUUUGAAGAAGACUUUUGGCGACAUCAAGGGGAAGAUGUCUGAUACUCUGGAUGAGGUAGGGAAGACGGAGUUUGUGAAGAAAGUGAAGGAGUCGUCUGGAGAGCUGGGAAAGACCGCCACAAAAGCAGCAGAGUCCAUAUCAAAGUCAGGGCAACAGAUUGGGAAGAGCGCAACAUUCAAAUCUAUUUCAGAGGGUGUGAAAGCUGUGAAAGAAGAGUUUGAUGAGGCGGCUCUUUCUAGAGCCAAACAUUACAAGGCUCCAGAAAAGCUGCGGAAGCGGAGGGAAGGCAUGCCAGGAGUUCCCAAGGAAGAGAAGACAGUAGAAGCUAAUGAAGAAGCCACAGGGAUGGUCUUACAUAAAGAUUCCAAGUGGUUUCAGAGUUGGCAGAACUUUAAAGAUAACAAUCCCUAUGUACAUAAAAUGUUUGAUCUUAAAGUUAAGUAUGAUGAAAGUGAUAAUGUUAUGGUGCGUGCAACUCGAGCUGUCACAGAUAAAGUAGGAUACUUGUUUGGUGGGGUGUUUUCUAAGACGGAGAUGUCAGAAGUCCUCACAGAAGUUUGUAAAGUUGACCCCUCGUUUGAUAAAGAGAUGUUUGUACGACUAUGUGAAAAAGAAAUUAUUCCAAAUGUAUUAGAGGCCAUGAUACGAGGUGACCUUGACGUCCUGAAAGACUGGUGUCAUGAAGGGCCUUUCAACACACUAUCUCAUCCCAUCAAACAAGCACAGCAGGCAGGAUACAAGUUUGCGUCCAGAGUUCUUGAUGUCAACAAUGUAGAUGUUGUGGCAGGGAAGAUCAUGGACCAGGGUCCCGUCUUGGUCAUCAGCUUCAAUGCCCAGCAGAUCAUGGUGGUCAAAGACAAGAAGGAUAAAGUAGUGGAGGGAAACCCAGACAAGAUCAUGCGAAUUCUAUAUGUCUGGGCAUUGUGUCGCGACCAAGAAGAAAUCAAUCCUCGUGCAGCCUGGAAACUCAUGGACAUUUCUGCCAGCACGUCUGAACAGUGGUUGUGAGGAAAACAGCAUCUAGAUCCGCAGAUGGAAGCCAUUUGAAACGGAUUUUGAUAAUAUAUUUCAGUCGUGUUCCAUAAAGACACUUGUCAGCACCAUGCAAGGAAAUAGUUGGCCUGAUGACGUUAAUUAUUUAAGUUUUGUUUAAGAGAAGUGUGUGACUGUGUCCUGGACUCCUUUAGAGAGCUGGACAUGUGUUACAGAAAUAUACGAGUGCUGCAACAAUGAACACAUAAGGUCAGCAUUCCGGCUAUGAGCUGUGUGACUCUGUUUUCAGACUAUGUUAGUAUCAACCUGUGCUUAGCGUGGCAUUACUAAGACUUCUAGUGCUAUACCAGGAUGAUAUGGUGAAAUUCAAAUUUGACUCCAUGGACGCAAACUGUUCCUGAAUGGCAGGAUGACUGCUCCAAGUCAUGUUUCAGGAUAUUAUGACGGACUCAAACUGGAGUUAUGGAUAAUAUGACAGAAAGAAAUGAUUAUACACAAGAGAUUUCUGCAGUUCCUACUGUUUGUCAGUAUAUUUGUGCAGAAAACUAGAAGGGUCCAUAUGAUAUGACAUCAGAAUGAUGAGUGACUGUUGUGCAGACUUGUAGUAAGGCAGCGCCCAACAGAAACCAACAGGAUGACUACAGCAAAGAAUGAAGUGAUGCACACAGAUGUGACAAAUAUUUUGUCAUAAGAUGAUUUAAUAAAGAAACAAUAUUGCAAAGCUGAGAGUUUGUGUCAAAUGCCAGAGCAAACAAAGAAUAAAACAGAAUAAGUAGUAACUGAAUACUACUAAAAUAUGUGAAAAUAUUUUACUGUUUGUUCAAAAACCAAUGGUAGGAAGCGAUAGUUCAUGUAAUCAAUGCUCUCAGUAGUGACAGAGUAGAAAUGGUAUCAGUUCCUACUCUAUGUUUGAAAGUGAAGUAUGUCAUUAUGAGAGUGUGUGAAAACUUGAUGGCAAUAAAUUAAUGAUAGUAAAAGUUGGUGGGUAGGUGAGAUAUUGCCAUUGAGCAGUUGAGUAAAACACACUAUUCCACAUCUUGUGUAUUUGGAGAAAUAAAUUUUAUUUCUGUUCUGAAAAGGCUAUGUAAGUUGUAAUGAAAUUACAAAAAUACGAGAUUUUUAUCCACACUUUGGACUACACUGUUUUACAAUUUGCAGAAAUGAAGAAACUUUGAAAUUUUAUCACAGCUAUUGUAGGAAAUGGAAACUGCUUUAAUGUUACAAAUCCAAUCAGUUAUUUUUGGGUGUCUUGUUAUGUUAAAAUAUGUUUUCCAUUCAUUACUAGAAGUACUUAUCUGGAGCUGUGACCACAUUGGCCACUUCUUUGUGAAAUGUUUAAUACUGAAUAUAUAGAUCAAAUUGUAGUGAGAUAUAGAGUCUGUCCUGGCACAUCCAGAUACAUUUUGACAUGGAGACAUUUGGUUCCCAUCCAGACAUCAAGUCUGUGAAUUUCUAAAGUUGAGCAGUAUGGCUUCAAAUGUAUACACGUGUUUUUAUUGCUGCUCUGUGAGAUGAUGUUUGAAGGCAUAGAAAGGUCUGGACUUUCGGUCGUCAUAUUGGCAAAACAGAUGUUUUAGCUAUAAUUACCUAACAAGACAACACUGACAAUCUGUGGUAGUGCUGUCAGGUUUUCGUUGAGGGACAAAUGAUUUUAGCUAUCAUUUUCAUAAAUAUUAUUCCAUGGCUUUUGAAACAGUUAGGGUUUUUAACUCAAAUUUUGCAACAAAGCCAUGCCAGUGUUACCUAAACUGAACAGCCUAGUCAACAAUAAGAACUUAAAUACAGGUGUACGUUGUGUUACUGAUUGUAAAUAUACACAAUAAUAAAAUAUUUUACAUA